AUGGACGAGAAGCAGAAAGAUGGGAUGAUCGAACCAAAAAAGGGCUACGACAAUGUGCACGAUCUGAGCGGACUGGGUCCGGACGGCAAAGGAAGGAAAGGCGCAAAGAGAAGAAAGUUGAGGAAGGGAAAAAGAGAAGAAGAAGGAUGAGGACGAGGAUGAGAAGGAAGAAAAAGAAGGAAGAGAAGAAGGAAGAUGAAGGGGGAGAAAAAAAGGAAAACGAGAAGAAGAAAAACAGAGGAAAAAAAGAAGAAAAAGAAGGAAGAGAAAAAAAGGAGGAAAAGGAGGAAGAGAAAAAAAGGAGGAAAAAGAAGGAAAAGACUGAAGAGAAGGAGGAAGAGCCCAAGAAGAAGCCCAAGAAGGAAGAGAAAGAAGAGAAGGAGAAGGAAAAAGUCGAAGGAUGAAAAAGGAAGAGAAAGAAAAAGGAGAAAGAGAAGGAAAAGCCUAAAGAAAAGGAGAAAGAAAAAAAGAGAAGGAAAAGGAAAAGGAAAAAGACAAAGGAAGAGGAAAAAGAAGAGCGAGAAAAAAAGAGUGAAAAGAAGGAAGAAAAAGAGAAAGAGAAAGAGAACAAGGUGGAAAAGGAGAAGGAAAAGACAAAAGAUGAAAAAGGGGAGAAGACGAAGAGCAAGAAGAGCCAGGAGCCGGAGAAGAAGUCGGCCGAGAAGGUGACGGUCAAGGAGCAGCCAAAGAAGUCGACUGUUGGGGGUCUAGACUUCCAGUUCACUUCCGUUCUCACUAACUAUUCUGUUUACAGGACCGGCUAUUCCGCGCAGACCGCCACCGCCGAAGAAGAAGGGAUGCUGCAUCAUUCUGUGAUCCUCUAUCAAUUUUGUGUGUCAACCCUCUGGUCAGAAGAACAUGAAGUCGGCGAAAGAGGUAGAGUUUUGUUUUACUUUUCUUUUCUUACUCACUUUCUAUUCUCAAUAAAUCUUUUUAUUGUUUUGUAAAAGAAGUUAUGUACCAUGAGGUAUGACAAGAAUCGGUUUUAUUCUAUUAGACCAGCAAAUACUUCUCCGCUCUCCAUUUUUUCAGAUUCUCUCCGCCCAAAAGUCGCCGCUUACAUCGAAACGAGUUUAUGUGAGUUUAUCUCUAGAUUCGAUGAUUUUUUUGAAAAGUGGUCCACUGAAAAGUUGUAGCAAAUUUUAUACUGAUCAAUUUUGUCGGACGGUGGCACCUGCGAAAUCGAGUUUAUCGUGUGGAAGGAGCCGUUUCCAAUCCGAAAUCCGAAGCGGGAGCUGGAUGA